CCUCCUGUUGAAAGCCAAGAGACCGAGCAGACAAUACCGUACACAGCAGCAAGAACCAACCAUGCCGCAAAGCAACGUCCCCAAGCAUCUGCGCAAGAAGAAGAAGGGCCAUGCCCCGGCUCAUCAGAACACGUUUGCCUUCCAGCACAAUCCCAAUUCCACAAAGACGAGUAAAAUUAUGGAUCUGCCCAAUGUGCACGUGUGUCGUCGCUGUCACGACAAGAUUGAAUGGCGCAAGAAAUAUCGCAAGUACAAGUCUCGCACGCAGCCAGGGAAAUGCAACAUUUGCCAACAAAAGCGAGUCAUGGCGGCCUAUCACACGAUUUGCGGAAAAUGUUCCGAGACCGACAAGGCCAAGAAACUUGUCAAGGAGCAUUUGCUGACGAAUCCGCCGAAACAGCAUCAAUCUACUAAUACCGAUCAUCAUCAAGACAAUGAUGAUCCAGAUCGAGAGGAAGAAGAAAAUGGCAAGAACAUGGAACGUAUUGGCGAGGAGGCAAAGGAACAGUUGGAAGUAAAUGCAGAGCCUGCCAACGCCACCGAGGAAGAGCCAGAGGCGUCUACAGCAAGUACACGGAAAGAAGGCCGUCGAGCAUGCUGCGUGUGCGUCAAAGAAUUUGCUCUUCCAGAUCCAGCGGAUGAACCCAAGGAAGAAGAUCCCCUGACAUCGGGCAAGAAACUUACGUUGCGACAACGAAAAACGUUGGAACGACAAAAGGAAGCCGCCAAAAAGAAGCAAACCACUUCUAAAAAGAAACAAGAUGACAACACCGAUCCAGCAAAUGACAAUCAGCGACAAGACAACCCGUUUGUGGAUUCCGAUUCGGAUGGCGAUUUUGAUCCCUUGGUGGAUUCCGAUGAAGACGAAGAUGACCCAUUUCUCAAAGCGGUAGGAGGCAAGUUGUUGACUGGGGAGGCCUACCAAAAAGCUUUGAUGGAGAAGGAACAGCGGCAGGCUUAGAUAGCUAGAUUGUCUUUAGAAUGCCUUUGCAACUUGGCAUCAUAUUCUAAUAACUCAAGAUUCGUUUCGAUACUUCACCGGACAUACGAGA